GCCGGGAGCAGAGGGCAAGAAGUCUCGGGUGCGCGCGGACAGGAGCGGGCGCCUCGGGACUACGACCCCCGGCAUGCCCUGCGGCCUGCGCCGACUGGGGUUGGCCGGGAACUCUAGCCUACUGCCCUCACCGGCCAAUGGGACGCAGGAGAGAGACCUGACCCGGAUUUUCAGGGACCAAUGGCGGUACAGAGGAGGCGGGGCUUCCUUGCCGCUCACCUUGCGCUCGGAAAAACCACAUUUAAAAGGUCGUGUGGGGCCGAAUUCUGGCGGGUCGGGAGACCAGAGGCGGAGGGCGCGGCGGCGUCCCCGAGAGCGGCGCCGGGAAGGCCCGGGUCCCCGCGAGGCGCGCGCCGGUCGUCGGCGGGGGCGGGGUCAGGGGCGGGGCCUGGCCUCGUUGUGGAGCGGCUCCUAAUCCAUCAUGGCGGCCGCGGGGGUCGGUGUCCGUCCCUGAGCAGCGCCGGAGCCGGAGCCGGUCCCCGGGUCCUGCGGCUGAGGAGCCCCUCGGUUGUCCACGGCCCCCACCUGCGGGGGGAGGCUGGGUCCCGCGGCGGAGUUCCGGGGAUGUGACUGCCUGGCGGCGGCGGCGGCUGUAACAACGUCCGGAGCCGGGGGAGGGGGUGUCUCGGGCAGAGACCCCUGGGCUCGGGGCAGCUGAGGCGGCCGGGCCUCCUCCCCCCUCCGCCCGCCUCCCGCCUUCGGGGCCGCGAGCGUGCUCUGUCCCGUACAGCCCUGCCCUGGCUCUGGGGCACUGGGGGUGGUCUCUGUUUUCCCCCAGACCUGGGACACCCCGUUUCCUGAGGCGUGGAGGAGCGACGCCCCGGAGUAAGCCGCCCGUGCCCCGCCCCGGCAGCCUCCCCUUUACCCCCGAGCCGCCCCUCGCGCCCACUCCCGGCCCCGAGUUUGGCCUCGGAGCCCCCCGCCCCCGGCCCCCCAUUCAUAUCCCCUCCCUGCUGUCAAGUGGCCUCCCCUUCCCCCCCCCCCCCCCCCCCAGGUUGCUCCCGGGAGCCUCCAAUGCCUUGACCUCUUCCAAUGUCACCUACGGUCCCUUUAGUCUCAGCCCAAACAAAAACUUUAAUGCAGAGGAAAAGCCUGGACUGGUUUCACAGGCCUUUUAAAAAGCGGACUUAA